UUCCCAUUUUGCCUUCUUUCUUACUUUCUUGGCCAACACAGUGCUUCAAACUCUGGACUCCCCAACUGCACACCUUCCCAGAACUCAACCACCCCGCCGGUUUGGUGUGAUAGAUAGAUACAGAGGACGGCGGUUAUAGUCGUACUGGAUAUAUAUACGGCGGUGCUCCGACUUCCCGAUCGAUCAUCUUCUUGCUUCCGAUUUCCUCUGCUGCUGUCUUUCUUCUUCUUGCACUUGUGAGUCUUUAUCUUCUUGAUAUCGCAUUACGCAUAUCUCUACGUACACAGACAGUUGUAUAGAUGCAUGUGUAGAGUUUAUGCAAAUAAAUUGAUAUAGAACAAAUUGAUGGGGCGCAAGAAGCGAAGCGUCGUUACUCACUCUAAACCCUCAGGUUCGCCGGCGGCGGGUGCGGCGGCCGCCGACGGACGAGCGCCGCCGCAUGCACCGCUCGAAUCGGAAACUCUAGUUGAAUCGGAAGGCAUUGCCUCGAAAGUUUAUGCUAAUAUCAAGCUUGAAUGCGAGCGGGCUCUCAACUCCCUUCGUAUAGGGAACUAUAACAAAGCCCUAAGGGUGUUGAAGGACUUGAGUUUGAAGCACUCUAGCUCACCUUCUGCUGCUCUGAUUCACCGUAUCCAUAGCACGGUUUGCGUUAAAGUCGCCUCUAUAUUUGAUGAUCCCAAUACGAAGCAAAAGCAUAUGAAGAAUGCCAUUGACUCAGCUAAGAAAGCAACAACAAUGUCCCCAAACUCAAUUGAGUUUGGACAUUACUAUGCGAAUUUGUUGUAUGAGGUGGCAAAUGAGGGAAAAGAGUAUGAGGAGGCUGUUCAAGAGUGUGAGAGGGCAUUGGCAAUUGAAAACCCUGUUGAUCCUGGAACGGAAAGCGUAGUGCCGGAGAGUCAGCUGAUGCCACCCACUGCGCAGAGUCGGAUUAUGCAUGUGCAGAAUGAUCUUAGGAAUUUGAUUCAGAAGUCCAACAUUGCUUCUAUUUCUACUUGGAUGAAACAUUUGGGCACUGUGGACGAGAAGUUUAGGGUAAUACCAAUCAAGAGGGUGCCUGAGGACCCAAUGGCAGUACAGGCAAAAAGGCCUAAUGAGAUUAAGAAGGCAACUAAGACACCUGAUGAGAGAAGGAAGGAGAUUGAGGUUAAGGUGGCUGCAGCAAGACUAUUGAUGCAGCAGAAGUCAGAAUUGUCCCGGUUACAGAAGGAUGGAGAUAAGGGCUCACAGGAGGAUGGAGAUAAGGGCUCACAGGAGGAUGGAGAUAAGGGCUCACAGAAGGAUGGAGAUAAGGGCUCACCGAAGGAUGGAGAUAAGGGCUCACCGAAGGAUGGAGAUAAGGGCUUAGAUCCGUCUGCAGCAUUAGGGCAGAAAGGAAGUGAGAGAAGGAAGAGUGGUAAAGUCAGGAGGAAAGCAUCUUCCACAGAGAGAAGGGACUGGGUCAAGACUUACUGGAAUUCAAUGACUAUGGAUAUGAAGAAAGAAUUGCUUAGAAUCAGGAUUUCAGAUCUCGAGAGUCAUUUCAGUUCAUUGAAAAAUGGCUUGGCAAGGGAAGUGCUAUCUGAAGCUCUACUGUUUUCUGAAGUUAAUAAAACAUGGAAAUUUUGGACAUGUUGCCAUUGUGGCAAAAAAUUUGCAGACCCUGAACUGCACAUUCAACAUGUCAUAAGUGAGCACAUGGGGAGUUUGACACCUAAACUCCAGACAGUUCUGCCUCAAAAUGUUGAUAAUAAGUGGGCCAAUAUGCUUCUAAACUGUUCUUGGAAACCAUUAGAUAUUAAUGCAGCAGCAGAGUUGCUUGAGAAACAGUCAAAACCUCAGGAGCGUGGUCCUCUUCAUGAAACUUACAAAAGGAAUGAAGUGGAUCAGUCUAAAGAUGAUUUUUCUGAUGAUGAAUGGGACCUCUCACCUAGAAAGAAGAAAUUGGAUGAUGGACACAAUGGUACUGAUGUUGGGGGCAGAGAACAUGUGGAGACCUCAGAUACUGAAUGGAUUGACUUUGAUAGUAGUGGGGGCACCAAGGAUUGUUUUCUCCCUGCCUGCUGGCCUAUAUCUGAUGACCCAGAGCGUGCCAAGCUACUGGAAAGGAUAUGUAGCGCAUUCCAAGCACUUAUAAAAAAUAAAUACCUUGCUUCAAGUCAUUUGGACAAGGUUAUGCGUUUUGCAGUGGAGGAACUACAGGGUGUUGAUAAUGGUUCUCAGCUGCUUAACUACAAUAUCAAUCAAACUCCCUUGUGUAUUUGCUUUUUGGGUGCCCAAGAACUUACCAAGGUACUGAAGUUUCUAGAGGAGCUUUUACAAAGUUGUGGAAUAAGUAGGUAUUCUGAGAGAAAUAAUGAUAUAGAAGACACAAAUGUUGUGACUAAAGUUGCUGAUGCUAUGGAGAAAAUAGUUUUCAGUGAAGAUGGUUCAUGUUUAUUGUUUGAUGAGCAUUUCCUGCCACUCAAGCUUUCUCCUGGCAGGCUUCAUGAUGUGGUUACUGAUGAUAAAAUUGCAGCAGUUUCUUCUAAUAUACCUUAUGAUAAUGGAGUUUUACUUGAUUCAGAUGCAUUUUUGUCCUGGAUAUUCAUUGGCCCAUCAAGUGGGGAACAGUUGGAAUGCUGGUCACAGUUAAGAGAAGAGAAAGCCCGACAAGGUACAGAAAUUCUUAAAUUACUUGAGAAGGAAUUUCAUGACCUCCAGGGAUUGUGUGAGAGAAAAUGUGAGCAUUUAAGUUACGAGGAGGCAGUGCAGGCAGCAGAAGGUCUCUGUUCAGAAGAGGCUAAGAAAAGAGAGCAUGCAACUGACUUUGUCCGCCAAAGCUACGAUGUUGUUUUGAAAAAACGGCGAGAUGAGCUCAUUGAAAAUCGUCAUGAUGAUGCAAAUAUAAGCCAUGGGAUUGAGGUGGAUGCCAUUACAAAUGUGCUAAAUGAUGCGGAGUCUCUUAAUGUCAGUAAGUUCGGGUAUGAAGAAACUUACAGUGGUACGGCAUCUCAUCUCUGUGAUUUAGAAUCUGGUGAAGAUGAUGAUUGGAGGGUGAAGGAUUCAUGUGUAGAAGUUGCAAUUCAGAGGCAGAAGGAACACAACUCAGUUGAGCUGAGCAAAAUUGAUGCAAGAAUCCUGCAAGUUGUUAGUGGGAUGCGGCAAUUGGAAAUGAAGCUUGAUCCUAUAUCUGGCAAUGAUUAUAGGCGUGUUUUAGUACCCCUAGUGAAGUCAUUUCUGCGGUUCCUUCAGGCCUACUUGGAGAAUUUGGCAGAGAAAGAUGCUACGGUGAAAUCUGAUGCUGCAAGAGAAGCAUUACUGGCAGAACUUGAUCGUGAUUCAAAGAAAAGCUCUGCUGGGGGAACUGAUAAUGUAAAACAUGUAACUGAGAAGACAAAAGAUAAGAAAAGGAACAAGGACCAUCGAAAAAACAAAGAUUCAAAGGCUGCUGUUGGGAAUGUGCUACCCAUUCAACACCAUGAGACUACCAAAUAUGUCUCUUUUCCAGAUCCUAGUGAUGGAGAAAAUCAAGAGGAUGAACCUGUUGAUGCCGUGAGCAAAGAUUCUCCAAGUCAGGAGGAGUACAAGCGUAAAAUUGAACUUGAAGCAGAGGAAAAAAUGCUUGAAGAAACAUUGGAGUACCAAAGACGAAUUGAAAAUGAGGCUAAACUCAAGCAUCUUGCUGAGCAACAUAAGAAAGCUGUUACAACACUUCCAGAGAAGAUGCCUGCAGAAGUAACACCUGAUGCUUGUUUGAGUCACGAGGAAGAUCAAGAUACCAAUGAGCAACAGGAAAGUACUAAGAAGGAGUCAAUGUUGCCAAAGAAUGAAUCUCCUCACAUUUCAGAAGGUCUUCUAAAGAACACUGCCAAUGUUGAUGUAAAGAGAGCUGAGAUUCAUGAUGGAAUGCCUGAGGAUAAUAGUCAUAAUACUCUGAUUUCUGAUCAAGGGACUGGAAGACAAAGCAGGCGUCGGAAGGGCUUGACAAAAUCUCAUGAAGGAAAGCGUCAACCUGUUUCUUCCGGAAGGGAGAAGAAAAGAGCUGGUGCACUGAUAUCAUCAGACCAUACGCAAGACACAUUCCAUGCACAUCAAAAGUUGCCCUCUGUGCCUCGUUCGGGGAUGCCAUCAAAGAUGUCCUCGGAAAUGGACAAUUCUAGAGUUUCACCAAAUGAAGUGUCCACUGGGAAUGUUCCUGGAAGUAAUGUAUAUGGGGCUGGGCUACAGAAUGAAAUCGGAGAAUACAAUUGCUUCCUAAAUGUCAUUAUCCAGUCAUUGUGGAAUUUAAAACGCUUCCGAGAUGAAUUUUUGAGAUCAUCAUCAGAGCAUAUUCACGUUGGCAAUCCUUGUGUUACAUGUGCUUUGUAUGAUAUUUUUACUGCUCUGAGCAUGGCAUCUUUGGAAACACAAAGAGAAGCUGUUGCUCCUACUUCCUUGAGGAUUGCCUUGAGUAACCUGUACCCUGAUAGUAACUUCUUCCAGGAGGGGCAAAUGAAUGAUGCUUCUGAAGUACUAGGUGUAAUAUUUGAUUGCCUUCAUCAAUCAUUUGCUUCAGCUUUGGGUGCUUCAGAUAGGUGCAUUGGCUCUUGGGAUUGCACAAGCAGUGCUUGUAUUGUGCAUUCUCUUUUCGGAAUGGAUAUUUUUGAAAGGAUGAACUGCCCCAGCUGCAAAUUAGACUCUAGACAUCUGAAGUACACAACUUUCUUUCACAAUAUUAAUGCCAAUGCCCUCAGAACGACAAAGGUUAUGCAUAAAAAAAGGUCAUUUGAUGAGCUUAUGAAUCUUCUUUUGAGGGACUACCUGUUGGUUUGUGAUCCAGAUGCCAAUGGAUGUGGGAAACUUAACUGUAUUAAUCAUUUCCUGUUAACUCCACCACAUGUCUUCACGAUAGUAAUAGGUUGGAAGAAUACUUGUGAGAGUCUUGAUGACAUAAGAGCAACAUUGUCAGCCUUAUCUACUGAGAUUGACAUCAGUGUCCCUUAUCACGGUCUAGACCCAAAGAACAAACAUCACCUAGUUUCAGUGGUUUGCUAUUACAGACAGCAUUAUCACUGUGUUGCCUAUAGUCGUGAUCAUGAGAAGUGGAUCAUGUACGAUGACAAGAAUGUAAAGGAAAUUGGUAGCUGGGAUGAUGUUCUCAUGAUGUGUAUAAAAGGGCAAUUGCAACCUCAAGUCCUUUUUUUCGAAGCUGCAAAUUAAUUUUGCAUGCACGGAACAGUUUUGCUAGUGAGUUCUACAAUUUUUUACCUCACAUUUGUAAAUGUCAUAGAAAUUACAAAGCAAUAGAUACAGUUAGAAGUUCAGACAUGAUGAAGAGAAGUUGGAGUGCUUGGCCUGGAAAAUCAUGGGUAACCAAGCUAGCAUAGUUUCUGUAACCCUUGACCGUUAGGAUACUAUAUGGGUUGUGGUAAAUCAAAUCUCUAAUAAGGUGGUCUGGUAGAAGUACUAGCCCACCAGUUUUUUGGCGGCUUUCAGCGGGGCUGAGUUGCAAGCACCAGUGGAUAUUGGUUGAUUUUACAGAUGUAUACAGGAAUCACUUCAAACACCACUUUGAAAAUAAGAAAAAGAAAGGCUUUUGUAUAGAUCUGAGGAUGAGUCUGUAGUAUUCUAGUCAUUGCAGUCUAUAGUAGGGAGAAAAUUUUGUAUGGAAAAAUUUUGUUGUUGAAUAUCAACCUAUUCUCACGUUUGUAUGUUGUGAUGGUGAGGAAGGAAAGAGACUCUGAUCUGUUCUUCAUUUUUACCAGAAGAGAAUGUUGUGACUUGUGAUGUCGACAACUAGUCAACUAAUACACAUGUUAUUGUUCAUCUAUGGAAAAUUGAAUUUUCAUA